UUUAUGGCGUCAUCAUAAUGCGCCGCUUUAUCACAGAAGGCAUGGAGAAAGAGAUUUCCGAAUUCCUGACCUUCAUAGUUUAAUCGAUUUUCGUAUUUUUGCUAAUACUCUGUCUUACAUUUUAGGGUUUUGAAAGCUGUCAGAAUGUCUGCAAAACAAGCCUCAGUCCACGCCAGAUGGAUAAUAGGCAAGGUGAUCGGAACCAAAAUGCAGAAAACCGCAAAAGUUCGAGUGACAAGACUUGUAUUGGAUCGGUAUCUGAUGAAGUUCUACAACAAAAGGAAGACUUAUUUUGCACACGACGCUCUGGAACAGUGCACUGUUGGAGACGUGGUUCUUUUGAAGGCACUGCCUGAGAAAAAGUCAAAACACGUUAAGCAUGAACUUGCAGAAGUUGUGUAUAAGGUUGGGAAGGUUAUAGACCCACUCACUGGGAAGCAGGUUGCUGGAAGCCUGUUUUUGGAGCCCCUCUCAGACUCCACAGAGACUACCGCUGAAUCUUUAACCGAGAAGCUCCAGGAACUGAACAUCACAGCAGCAUCAAGCAAAACUCCAGAGAAAUCUUCUGAAGUCUGAAAAAGUCAUUUUAAAAAUAAACUUUUUUUUUGCAAUGUGUCAUGAUGUCCAUAUCUGUCUUGAUCGAUUUUUGUUUUAAUUUAGUUUUUUCAGAUGUGAAAAUGUGUUAGCACAUUGAAAAGUAAAUCAAGGAACAAGCAGAGUUCAUUCCAAGAGGAAAAGUAAAGCAGAAAGAAAAUAAAAUAUUUGAACUGCAGUCUUUAGGUUUCAGAAGAACUGUCUCCUCUCACUGUGCAUUUGUUUUGUUCUGUAAAGCACUCUGAGUAGCCACUUUUAAAGGUACUAUGUAAAAUAAAGUUUAUUAUUAUUUUAUUAUAGCUGAGGAAUAGGGUAUGAUUCAAGCCCUAUGGUAUUAACAUAGGGCUUGAACCCUCAUGCCUGAAGAAGAUUCCACAGCUUAAACAGUUUUCUUUUGUACUUGACUCCUUUGAAGCUUUCUGAUAUACUGUUGUGCAACGCCACUGCUUUAAUGUUUAGAAGUUAAAAAAUCAAUUGUAGAAAUGUACUUCUAUGGAAUCAAGAUUAUUUGAUUAGCUAUUAAAUAAAAUUGCAUCUUUUUUAAUGUGAAAAAUUUGGAGCACUGCGAUUGUACCCUUGAGCAAGGUAUAGUAAUUUACACAUGCUGACCCACUACAGAAUAUAGCAAAAUUAUAUAAAUCGGUAUUGUCCAGAUCGUCUUUAUAAAUGAGAAUUCUCAGUUGAGUUAUCUGGUUAAAUGAUGCGCUCGGAUACAGUAAGCUUUCUGAAUUGUAAAUAUUACAACAUCAUUUUUUCGGGACUAUGCUGUACACUAGACUUACUCUCCUUGGGACUCCCAUGUCGAAUAAAUGAAAUGAUUUGAAUAUUAAAA